AUGCAUUCAAUUAACUGUGAUAAUAAUGCAGGGCAAAUGGGACCAGAGAUCGACUUUUCCACAGUGACCCUCAGUAACAAGGAAGGAACUUGCAUCACCUCAAAGCUCAUCUGCACAAACUCUGAAACAGGCCCUUCAUAUGAGUCAUUGCAGGAGGUUUUCAGCAGGAAGCCAUUUCGACCAUCUGUGAAUUAUAGUAAUCCUACCAGUGCCAAUAUUUCAUUUACAUUGUAUGCUGUGCUAGGGGUGAAUGAAAAGACACAGAUUCUGACAACAUUUUUGUGGCUAAGACUGUUCUGGUACAAUGAAUUUCUGACAUGGAACCCCGAAGAAUGUGGUGGAGUCCAAAAAAUUUCCUUACCAGUUGAUGAAGUCUGGAUGCCAGAUAUUGUGGUUUAUGAAUUCAUUGAUGAAGAUAAGUCCCAGAAGACACCAUACAUCUAUGUUAAUCACACAGGAAGGAUACGUUAUGACCGGAUGAUGCGAGUAGUCAGUUCAUGUAACCUGGAAAUUUUUAACUUCCCUUUUGAUGUGCAGAACUGCUCCUUGACAUUUGGAUCAUACAUGCAGACAGUAAAGGAUGUCCGAGUUGGUCUUGCACUACCGAUAGAACAAAUAUCUGAAAACUCAAAGAAGUAUUUAGAAACCAGUGGAGAGUGGGAACUAGUGAGAAUAGAGGGUCAGCCAGAUAUUCUGAAGUUUGACAUUGAUGAAUGGGAUAUCAUCACUUUCUGGGUGGUGAUAAAGAGGAGGCCACUGUUGUACGUUGUUAAUCUGCUGAUCCCAAGUGCAUUUCUGAUGGUCAUUGACAUAAUGAGCUUCCACCUGCCGCCACACAGUGUAGACCGAGCUUCCUUCAAGAUGACACUGCUCCUGGGUUAUACAGUCUUCUUACUGAUUAUGAAUGACCUGCUUCCCAGUACCACUAAUGGGACACCACUGAUAGGCAUUUACUUUUCUGUUUGUCUGGCAUUGAUGGUUCUUAGUCUGCUGGAGACUGUGGUCAUUACCAGUAUACUUCACCAGAGGUCAAUGCAGAGCACUAGGAUACCCAACUGGAUAAAGAAACUAGUCCUUGACUACAUGGCCAGACUAAUUUGUUUCAAGGUAACACACCAAGCUGAGGAACUGCCCAAAGCCUCUGUGAUCACAUGCCAGUCAAACAUAGAAUUUAACGAGAAGAUAAAAUAUCCAAAUUUGCCUCCAGGUGGUCUGCCUAGUUUCUUCACACAGAGGCUGCUGGAAAUUUCUCAUGACCUCUUUAUCAUUAGAUCCUCUUUAGAGAGUCAGUCUGCGGAAAAGCUUUAUGAAGGAACAUGGAUUCAAAUUGCCUAUGUGCUAGAUUCCCUGCUAUAUAGGCUUUAUCUCAUGUGUAUUAGUAUUUAUACUAUUGUUAUCAUUUGCUUAUGGUGCACAUGCGCUGAUGAUGCAGACUGCGAUAUUAUUAAAAUGCAUUUGAAGACUACUCGUGGAAUAUAA